AUGUUGGUGGCAGCAAAGGCCAGGGCAAUGCUGUUCAGCCGGCAUAACCCACCUACGGCUACCAUCAACUCUUUGUCUGCGAAACGAUUGUCGAAUGCUAGGAACUUGACGCAUACGCGGAAAAUCUCUCAACGACCAGACAUUGCAAAGUCUGUCAUCGAAAAACCAAGACUAGACUUCAAAGGGAUUGCGGAAAAUGCGGAUUAUCAUGCACAGAAUCUCAGGAAUAGGAAAAUUCCCAAAGGGCAAGGCCUUGUCGAGGAACUGAAAGAAGUCCACAAAAGAUAUAUGGAAUUAAGGACAGAAGUUAUCCAGGCUCGCACAGAGCAAAACAUCAUCGGGAAGAAGAUCAAAUCCACCCAAAACCCACAGGAGAGACGACAAGCCAUCAAUACAGCAGCAGAGCUCAAGAACUUUUUGGCCGUCCAAGAACCACUGGCUGACGCCACCGAAGCUACUCUUUUGGAACUGGGACUUCAGAUACCCAACAUAACGCAUCCAAAUUCCCCUAUCGGUCCGGAGGCCUUGGCCAAUGUCUUGUCCAAGCACGGUCCAGAGCCUUUGCAAGCCGACAUCAGGAGGGACCACUGGACUAUUGCAAAGCAAUUGGACAUUAUUAGAUUCGAAGAGGCAGCCACUACGACCGGGUCAUUUUGGUAUUUCCUUCGAGGAGCUGCAGCACUGUUGGAGCAGGCAUUGAUAAACUAUUCACUCUCGACUGCUAUCAAGCAUGGUUAUACACCUAUAUCGACACCAGACGUAGUCAAAGCGGAUAUUGCAAGUAGAUGUGGGUUCUCACCUCGGGACGCGGUUGAUGUCAAUGGCAAAAAGGUCAACCAUCUCUAUCACCUUGAAGAGACCUCGAAUGAUCUAGUGUUGACCGGGACAGCAGAGAUUCCUCUCGCUGGAAUGUUUACUCACAAGACAUUCUUUGAAAAGGAGCUACCCCAAAGACUGGUCGGUGUUGGUCAUGCAUUCCGUUCAGAAGCUGGAUCAAGGGGUGCAAUGACACGAGGUCUCUAUCGCGUGCAUCAGUUCACCAAGGUGGAACUCUUUGCUCUCACAGAACAAAAGCAGAGUGAGGCUAUGAUGGAAGAAAUUAGACAGCUCCAGAUCCAGAUAUUUGAGGGAUUGGGAUUCCCUUUCCGGGUCCUUGAUAUGCCGACCGAAGAGUUGGGCCAUGCAGCCUACCGCAAGUAUGAUAUCGAGGCGUGGAUGCCGGGACGAGAUGGCCAGCUGGAACUCAAGAACAAAGCCUUGCCAUUUGCGCACACACUAAAUGGGACCGCGGCUGCCAUUCCGAGAUUGAUUAUCGCAUUGCUAGAGAAUGGUGUAGUUUUGAAUGAUGCGGGACAACCCGUAGGUAUACGGCUACCCUCCACUUUACGACCAUUUUGGUUUGGUGAGGAGAGAUUAGGGCCAUACACACCUAUCCAUUGGUUUGACCCUACCAUUACCACGCAAACAACCUAG